AUGUCAAUAUGGGUCCCACCAAAUGGUGACAAUGGAAAAAUCGACACGGAGUCAAAGGAAACUAAGCAUGUUCAACGCAGGUCAAAAGAACUUGGAAAGGCUGAAGAAGCAAGGUCUCUUGCAAUAGAGUAUGUUGUGUCUUUGGGUAUACGUUUUGAUAGUCACGAUAAGCUGCGAAUCCAGUCUAAUAAGUACGGGGCAAAGACUUGCUCUUGA